AUGAAAUUCCUCGGUCAAAGUAUUGCACAGGCAGUUGACGUGGAGCUGAUGGGCAGGUACGGCUAUGCGAUCGAGCAGCUGAUGGAGCUUGCCGGCUUGAGCGUUGCCGAGAGCAUCGCGCGCGAGUACCCCAAGGGCAGGGUCCUGCUGUGCAUUGGGCCUGGCAACAACGGUGGUGACGGGCUGGUAGCUGCUCGCCAUUUGUAUCACUUUGGAUACACGCCGUCGCUGUUCUACCCAAAGCAGCCAAACAAGGAUCUGUACAAGAAUCUGCUGCACCAGUGUGUCUCGCACCAGAUCCCUGUGAUUGACGAUCUCGAAGCCGAGGUCCACAAGUGCGAUUUGAUUGUCGAUGCAUUGUUUGGUUUCAGCUUUAGUGGUGCGGUCAGACCGCCGUUCGACGACGUCUUGCGCACACUGAGUCAGACACCGAAGCCAAUUGUGUCUGUGGACGUCCCAAGGCGACAUAGUCGGGCUCUGGGCUGCAGCCCGGAUAUGCUGGUUUCGCUGACUGCACCAAAGAAAUGUGCAGAAAAGUUUGGAGGCCGGUUCCAUUAUCUGGGUGGCCGAUUCGUACCGCCAGAGAUGGCAAAGGACCUUGGAAUCCCGGAGUAUGCCGACAGCUCUCAGUGCAUGAAGCUAGGGCAGUUAAUCGGCCAGCAGCGUCUGUAA